AUGCCGGGUCUCUUCAAUAAAGAGCUAGACAGUAUUCUUUUAGCAUGGCUUAACCUUAGCACCGAGAAUAGCAAUCUCCGGCCAAUUUAUCUUCCAGCAUUUGCUUUCUUCGGAAUCGAAGAAAUCACAGAAAAGCAAUGCGCCAACAGAUACUCAAGCCUCGUUAGGGGUUUCAACUCAAGAUAUGGGAAGGACACAAAUGCAGCCAGACUGACAGCGGAGACGUUGAGGAAGGAGGGAAGUUUUGUUUUGAAACUUGCACCUGUAAUGGAGGAACUGAUCUGUGAGAAAAUGGAACGUUUGAAGGAGUUAGAUAGACAGAAUCUCCCGCCACAUUUAAUUGGCACCAAAAGAGCACGAUCUACUGCGCAAAAGCGCACAAUCAACCAGGUUGAAGAGGUAAAUUCAGAUACCCAAACUUUGUUACCGCACUUUGCUGACCAUUACGCAAAGCAGAAAUCAUCAUCAAUUUCAGCCAAACGAAGAGCAAAACCCGCCAGUCCACAGCUCGCUGUGGUCAUCAAAACUGGUCCAGACUCAGCAAACCGCCGCCUGAUUGAAUCGGAGAAAACAAUUCGGAUAAUGGCAGUGCAGCUGCAGCAAAAAGACCUCGAAAUACAGAAUAAGGCGUAA